CUGCGCGCCGCCUGCAACCUCCGCAGCGCAGCCGGGCGGCGGCGCGGCCCAGUGGCCGGAGGUCCUAGCGGCGGCGCGCAGUCCGGCUCCACGAACCUCCAUGACAUUGGGCGCCAGGGGCGCGCGGAGAUGCUGAUCCGGAAGAAGCAGUGGCUGCAGUGCAGCGCGCGAGGCUGCUCACGCGCCGCGGUCCGGCCUGGGCUUCUGUGCCAGAGUUUCUGAUCGUACCCGAACCGGGACCCCAGGAGGCUGGAUCUCCAGCACAGAGCAGCGGCGUCGACGGCGCCCCAACUUGCAUGCGAGGAGUGACCCCAGACAUCUCACUAAAAUGAGCGUGCUUAGCAGGAAGAGAUGUGUUCCCUACACUAGAAAUUACCCCGUCACAUGUAGUGGUGUCCCAAUUAAUGGAUUCUGACAUGGAUUAUGAAAGGCCAAACGUAGAGACCAUCAAGUGUGUGGUGGUGGGUGACAACGCCGUGGGCAAGACCAGGCUCAUCUGUGCCCGGGCCUGCAAUGCCACCCUCACCCAGUACCAGCUUCUUGCCACCCAUGUACCCACAGUGUGGGCCAUUGACCAGUAUCGAGUAUGCCAGGAGGUGCUAGAACGCUCCCGGGAUGUGGUAGAUGAUGUCAGCGUCUCCCUGCGCCUCUGGGACACCUUUGGUGACCACCACAAAGACCGGCGAUUUGCUUAUGGAAGAUCUGAUGUGGUGGUUCUGUGUUUCUCCAUUGCCAACCCCAAUUCCCUCCACCAUGUCAAGACCAUGUGGUACCCAGAAAUCAAGCAUUUCUGCCCUCGAGCUCCUGUCAUUCUGGUGGGCUGCCAGCUGGACCUGCGAUAUGCUGACCUGGAAGCUGUUAACAGGGCCAGGAGACCCUUGGCUAGGCCCAUUAAGCCCAAUGAGAUCCUCCCCCCAGAGAAGGGUCGGGAAGUGGCCAAAGAGCUGGGGAUCCCUUACUACGAGACCAGUGUGGUGGCGCAGUUUGGUAUCAAGGAUGUCUUCGACAAUGCCAUCCGGGCUGCACUCAUCUCCCGUCGUCACCUGCAGUUCUGGAAAUCUCACCUGCGCAAUGUGCAGCGGCCUCUACUGCAGGCACCCUUCCUGCCCCCGAAGCCACCGCCCCCCAUCAUCGUGGUGCCCGACCCCCCCUCCAGCAGCGAGGAGUGCCCCGCCCACCUCCUGGAAGACCCGCUCUGUGCGGAUGUCAUCCUGGUGCUGCAGGAGCGCGUGCGCAUCUUUGCCCACAAGAUCUACCUCUCCACCUCCUCCUCCAAAUUCUAUGACUUGUUUCUCAUGGACCUGAGUGAGGGGGAGCUGGGGGGCCCCUCAGGGCCAGGGGGCCCCCACCCAGAGGACCACCGGAGCCACCCUGAGCAACACCACCAUCAUCACCAUCACCACCAUGGGCGGGACUUCCUGCUUCGGGCAGCCAGCUUUGACGUGUGUGAGAGUGCAGAUGAGGCUGGGGGCUCUGGUCCUGCUGGUCUCCGGGCUUCAACUAGUGAUGGUAUCUUAAGGGGUAAUGGAACAGGGUACCUACCAGGCAGGGGGCGCGUGCUUUCUUCCUGGAGCCGAGCUUUUGUGAGUAUCCAGGAAGAGAUGGCAGAGGACCCUCUGACUUUCAAAUCCCGGCUGAUGGUGGUGGUGAAGAUGGAUAACUCCAUUCAGCCGGGGCCCUUCCGGGCUGUUCUCAAAUACCUGUACACAGGGGAGCUGGGUGAAAAUGAGCGGGACCUCAUGCAUAUCGCCCACAUUGCUGAGCUGCUAGAGGUCUUUGACCUACGCAUGAUGGUGGCCAACAUUCUCAACAACGAGGCCUUCAUGAAUCAGGAGAUCACCAAGGCCUUCCAUGUUCGCCGGACCAACCGGGUCAAGGAGUGCUUGGCAAAGGGCACCUUCUCAGAUGUGACCUUCAUCCUGGAUGAUGGCACCAUCAGCGCCCAUAAACCCCUACUGAUUUCCAGCUGUGACUGGAUGGCUGCCAUGUUUGGGGGGCCAUUUGUGGAGAGUUCUACCAGGGAGGUGGUGUUUCCGUACACAAGCAAGAGCUGCAUGAGGGCUGUGCUGGAGUACCUCUACACGGGCAUGUUCACCUCCAGCCCAGACCUGGAUGACAUGAAGCUCAUAGUCCUAGCCAACCGCCUCUGCCUACCGCAUUUGGUCGCCCUAACAGAGCAGUACACAGUGACGGGGCUGAUGGAGGCAACCCAGAUGAUGGUGGACAUCGAUGGGGAUGUCCUUGUGUUCCUGGAAUUGGCACAGUUCCAUUGUGCAUAUCAGUUGGCCGACUGGUGUCUCCAUCACAUCUGUACCAACUACAAUAAUGUGUGCCGCAAGUUCCCUCGAGACAUGAAGGCCAUGUCCCCAGAAAACCAGGAAUACUUUGAGAAGCACCGGUGGCCACCCGUCUGGUACUUGAAAGAAGAGGACCACUAUCAGCGUGCACGGAAGGAACGCGAGAAAGAGGACUAUUUACAUCUGCGGAGGCAGCCCAAGCGACGGUGGCUGUUCUGGAACAGUCCCUCAUCACCAUCCUCCUCAGCAGCAGGCUCGGCGUCCCCGUCCUCCUCCUCGGCCGUCGUCUGAGAUGCUGCCACCCUCUUCAGAUCCUGCUGCUGUUGUCCUCGUUAGCCCGUGUCCUUCUGCUCUCCUUUAACAUCCUCUCCACCCCACAGGGGAUGAGGGAACUCACCUAACCGGGGCCCUGAGGGCAGAGCCGUUCUCACCAGCCAAUGUGGCUCAGGCCAGGAGGAGCCCGGCCCUGCAGAUCAAAACAGGGUCCACCUACAAUUCCAGGAAGGGCAGGAAAACAGCUGUCCCAAGGUGGGGAGCAGGAAAGAGCUCAGAGCUCUUGGUAUUUUCUCUCUGGACUUGACAAUAGAGUCAGUGGAGGAAAGCUUCCCUGCA